UCCCUCAAUUAACACGCCUCCCUUCCUCAUUCCUUCUUCUUUCUUUCCCUCCUUCCUUCCCUUCUCCCUCCACUGUGCCGCCCCUUGUGACUGCCGGCCAGUUGCACGGCACUCCUGCAAGAUUCCCCAACCCCUGGCCUUGGAUCUCAACCCUCACCACAGUAGCUGUGCUGCGUUUUUUCCCAACCGGCAGCCAUACCACAGUUAACAGCCGUCCACCCUUCCACCACCAGCAACCGCUUCACUCCCUGCGGCCAGAAACUAGCGGCUGUGACAGAAGCAUCCCUGAGCCGUGACUCCAUCUACCACCACACUAACCACGCUUCUCUCCACCUCUUUCUCUUGUUCACCCAAGUUCCCAGUUCAUAAGAGGAAAGUAGAACCUUAGUUGGGUGACUUUUGUAACAUUUAGUCGUGCAGUGACGCUUGCAGCCAGGUGAAUGCUUUCAGUUGCUUAACUGUUGUGUUGGGCUUCUUUGGUGAUAAUUUUCAGAUAAUUAGGGGAAGAUCUGAUUUGCUUUGGUUUAGAGGAAAAUGAGAGGAAGAAUUGGUUUUUUUAUUAAUCCUAAUGGUAUAGGAAACAAAACAAUUGGGAAGACAAAUAAAAUUCUUUCGUCUUCAGCUUUUUGCUCUUCUUCGGGUGGGGAUGACUCUAGAGGAGGUCGAGGUCGUGGUCGCGGUCGAGGUGCCGCUGGUUCAUCUACACCAAACUUUUUAGCUAGUGAUCCUAGAAAUAAUGAUUCAAUUGAGAGACCUGGUGUAGGACGUGGCCAUGGCUUAAGUAAUCCUCUACCUUCUAGCCCCUUUCUUCCAUCAUUUAAUUCAUUUGUUGCGCCUAACCCAUCACCAAAGUCGGGUUCAAAUCAGGGUAGAGGUAAUUCAAAUCAACAACUCUCAGAGGCGGGAAAUAGAGAGGUUUCGCAGCCUAGGAAGCCCAUUUUUCUUAAGAAAGAUGAAUCAACGGGAAUUAGCUAUGAAGUUGACUCAGUUGCUUAUAUACCUAAUCAACCCAUUGGAGAAAAAAAUCUUCCACAAAAGUUAUCCACUGUGCUGAUAGGAAGCACAGGGAGAGGAAUCCCUGAAAGGAAAUCAAUUCCCGAAGAUAGAUUGAUGGAAGAGAAUAGGCAUCUCAAUCCAAGGCGAGUUGGUGCUCGUGCCAUUGCGUUUGAGAGAAGGGGAGAUAGUUCUAGUAAAUCUGACACUGCCUCAGCAAGUGUAAAGCCUAAGCUUAGCUCUGAGGAGGCUGUGAAAAAAGCCAUAGGUGUCUUAUCUCGAGAUAAGGGGGCUCGUAAUAAAAGAGAAGGUGAUCGAAGACGUAGGCAUGAAAGAACAGGUGGCUCGGAUGAUGAGGAUCGCGAGGAGGAUGUGGAUAAAUUACUUGGUGUCGGUGAUGAUGCAGAUGGUGAGAAACUCGCCAAGUUACUUGGGCCCGAGAAGAUGGCUUUACUAAAUGAGGCCUUUGAAGAAAUGAGUUAUGAUGUUUUGCCUGAUCCCGAUGAAGAGGAACAAAUUGAGGCAUUUGAUACUAAUUUGAAGAUUGAAUUGGAGACUGAAUACGUGAUGGGAGACUUCGAGAGAAAUCCAGAUAUGUAUGAGAAACCACCUAUUCCUCUUCGUGAAGCUCUUGAGAAAAUGAAGCCUUUCUUGAUGGCUUAUGAGGGAAUAGAGAAUGAAGAAGAGUGGGAGGAAGUUAUGAAGGAAACAAUGGAAAGGGUUCCACUUUUGAAAGACAUUGUGGAUCAUUACUGUGGGCCUGAUAGGGUUACUGCAAAAGAGCAGCAUGGAGAAUUGAAAAGAGUUGCAAAGACCCUUCCAGCUAGUGCACCUAAUUCCAUGAAGAGCUUCACUGACCGUGCUGUUCUCUCGCUUCAGAGCAAUCCAGGGUGGGGAUUUCAUAGAAAAUGGCAGUAUAUGGACAAGUUGGUAGCUGAAGUUUCCAAGUCCUGCAAAUGAGAAGAUUAGUGAGGCUUAAUCUAUAUUUUGUGCGUUUGUACUCUUCAAUAAAGAGCAUGUUCCCAAUAGGUAUUUUGUUCAAUAAGGGUAAAAUCAACGCGGCUUUCUUAGAGAACCGGAUAGAGUAUUUUUAAUUACCAUGGCCCUUUCUCUUAGGGGAAUUUCACAACCAUUAA